CGCAUCUUCUUCUUUCCGCUUAUUCAUCAGGCCUGUCACAUGCACCAAGUGCGAAUCCUUGUUCGUGUGUGCGAAUCAACCUACUCAGAGGCUGCGUUGGAAGCAGCUGGAAUUCAAGUUGUUGAUUUGGAAUUCGAUGAUGGUGCCCCUCCACCAGAUGCGGUCAUAGAAAAGUGGUUCCAGUUGAUUACCGAGCUUUGGCAAACGCAUCCUGGCAGUUGCGUGGCUGUUCAUUGCCGAGCUGGUUUGGGAAGGUCAGCAUCUUUCUUUACUUGUUUUCUUCUCAAGCGGUUGAAUUUUCGUUUUACAGUACAAAUAAGUUUCGCUUUUAGGCACACACUGCGAAGUUUAUGUUUCAUUAAUGGGCUUUCGAUCUUGAUAGUGUUGUUGGUGAUCUAA